AUGAUAACCGAUCAGUCCCCGCAGGGGAGCUCCGCCGAGCUCUCCUCCGAACCUCCGCAGCUCUCCCCCGAUUCCCCCGAUUCGAGCUUUGAUGUUGUGCCUACGAAGAUGGAGGCAUUCACCUUUGCGCUGUCCACUCAGGUGGACUUGCCUAUUUGGAUCAAGAUCGGCUCAUUAGAGGGUAAACAGAAGGAGAUUCCUGCCUCGCAACUGGUCCAGAACCCGGAAUUACAGUACCUCGGAUCCUCACAGAGUCCUGUUUCAGAUCUCUAUGUGACUGUUCAGCUAUGGUCGGACUCGAAGCCUCUGGGUGUCCCUAUGAAGACUGCGUACAAGGCCUUCAAAACCAGCCGAACAUGGAAUGAAUGGCUGCAGAUGCCCAUGUCAAUCAAGGACGCCCCGCUCAAUUCUCAGCUGGCGCUCACGGUCUGGGAUCUUUCCCCGCUGGCAGGCGAUGGGCCACAUCAUGUCCCCUUUGGCGGAACGACAAUCUCAUUGUUCGACAGUGACGGCAAGGUGAGAAUGGGACGGCAGAAGUGCAUCGUCCAUCGCCAUCAAGCCGCAGAUGGCUUUUCUUCGACAACCACCCCAUCCUCGCCACCACCGAAACGCCGGAGUCACAACAAGACUACCCGAGAUAUUUUGGGGCCGUCGCGGGCCGAAGCAGAACUGGAGCGAAUCGAGGUCCUGAUCAAGAAGCAUGAGAUGGGCGAGAUUACUCGCAUCGAUUGGAUGGACCAAAUGGUGUUCCGUCAGCUGGAGAAACUCAAAAUUCAAGCUGAAGAGGACGCUCGUAACAGGGCUAUUCUCCUCGAAGCAGUAAAGCCUCGUGGUGGCAGUGCAGGGGAGGAUGACAAUCUCGACGAUGAAGAGCUGGAGGAUGAGAAUUUUGUACUUUACGUGGAGUUUACACGCUUUGACCAUCCCAUCGUUUGGGUUGAUCAUACAUACCCGCCCCCGCCAAUCUCAUCUCACCCCCAGAACGUCUCUAACCAGCCGGCAUCGACAUUGAAACCUGUCCCAGAGGUUCGCUUUGGUCCCGGUAUUGAAGGUGCUGAAGACUAUGAGGGCGCAGGUGUUAUCAGGAUCUAUGAUCCUGAAGUGGGUCAAACCGGAAAUCCGUGCGAAGACAAACAUCGACGAUUAAUCCGCAGCCAUCGAACCGGAUUCAUGGAUCGAGACCUCAAACCAAAUCCAAAGAACCGUGAUGAACUCAAUGUCAUUAUGUCGUACGAGCCGACACAAGAUCUUACGGCCGAAGAGAAGGACUUGGUCUGGAGAUUCAGGUACUAUCUUACUCGGGAGAAGAGGGCAUUGACCAAGUUCGUGAAAUCGGUCAACUGGCGUGACGAAGGCGAAGCCCGACAGGCUGUGGAAAUCUUGCCUAAAUGGACCGAAAUCGACGUCGACGAUGCCUUGGAGCUUCUUGGACCAACAUUCGAUAAUGCGGCCGUCCGCUCAUAUGCUGUGGCGAGACUGCGCAAAGCUGAUGACGAAGAACUUGAUCUGUAUCUGCUGCAACUGGUGCAGGCUCUGAAAUAUGAGGAGCCCUCAGACCUUGAGUCUGAAGAGGCGGCUCAUGACUCCUCUCUGGCCAACUUCCUCAUUACUCGUGCGACCAACAACUUCAAGCUUGGAAACUCUUUGCACUGGUACCUCGUGGUCGAAUGCGAUGAUGCCGGUCUGGGCACCUUGUUAAAUCAGCGCAGACUCUUUGCUCGCGUCGAAUACUAUUUCAUGGCGGAAUUGGAAAAGACUCAUGCUGAGCAUCGAAGGAUCCUCCUCCGUCAAGGUGAAAUGAUCACCGUUCUUUCAAAAAUCGCCAAAGACAUCCGUUUCUCGCGGGACGCCCGCCCCGUCAAGAUUGAGAAGCUCAAGAAGGCUUUGCGCGAUCCAAGGAACGAACUGAUCCAUAUUGAUCCGCCGCUACCGCUACCGCUGGAUCCGGACGUCUCAAUCAUCGGUUGUUACCCUGAGGAAUCCAAUGUCUUCAAGUCGACAUUGUCUCCACUUAACAUCACGUUCAAGACUACCGAGGGUAAACGAUACCCCCUUUUGUUCAAGGUUGGCGAUGAUCUUCGCCAAGAUCAGCUAGUCAUCCAAAUCAUCAUCCUGAUGGAUCGACUUUUGCAGAAGGAAAACCUGGACUUGAAACUGACGCCAUAUCGCAUUUUGGCGACAAGCUCUACGGCUGGAGCUGUCCAAUUCAUCCCGUCGACUUCUCUUUCUGCGGCAUCGGCCAAGUACAAAUCAAUUCUCGCCUAUCUGAGGGAGAACAACCCUGAUGACAAUGAGCCUCUUGGUGUUCGAAAGGAGACCAUGGAUACUUACAUCAAGUCCUGCGCCGGCUACUGUGUGAUCACAUAUCUUCUGGGCGUUGGUGACCGACACCUGGAGAACCUGCUUCUCGCGCCGGAUGGUCACUUUUUCCAUGCCGACUUUGGUUUCAUUCUCGGCCGCGAUCCUAAGCCUUUUGCUCCAAUGAUGAAGCUUUGCAAGGAAAUGGUCGAAGGAAUGGGCGGUACGACUUCGCCCCAUUACCUGCAAUUCAAGCAAUAUUGCUACACGGCGUACACAACGCUACGCAAAUCUGCAAACCUGAUCCUGAAUCUCUUCAGUUUGAUGGUUGAUGCCAAUAUCCCGGACAUCCGGAUUGAGCCCGACAAGGCUGUUUGGAAAGUGAAAGAACGCUUUCACCUGGAAAUGACCGAGGAAGAGGCGAUUCGACACUUUGAACAGCUGAUCGGCGAUAGUGUCAAUGCUAUCUUUGGUGUGGUCAUUGAUCGCCUGCAUGAGUUCGUGCAAGGUUGGAGGGCAUAA